AUGGCAUAUUUAAACCCUGCUCGUUCGUUGGGUCCAUCUUUUGUUUUAAAUAAAUGGGAUAAUCACUGGGUUUACUGGUUCGGUCCGCUUGUCGGCGGUAUUUCAUCAGGUUUGCUUUAUGAGUAUGUCUUCAGUUUGCGUCGAAAUUCACGAGCACAUAAAUCAAAUGUAGAUAGUGACUCAUUCUCUAUUCAUUCCGAGGACGAUAUGAACUAUGAUGUGGAUGUUGAAAAGCCCCACAUGCCUGCUAAAUAUUCACAUGGCACAUACCUCCGCGGUCAAACAAAUACCAAAUCAACAAUCGCAAGCAACGCUGGCACCAUUCCUACUGGUGGUAACUACUGUCAGAACUUAUAUACAGCCCCUCCACUAAAUAAACUCGACCAACCAGAACAAUUAUACGGAGGUACUCGCUCCCUAUAUUGCCGGUCACCUACGCUUACCCGCACCAAUUUAAAUCGCUCACAGUCAGUUUAUGCAAAGAGUAACGCAGCAAUAAAUCGCGAUAUCGUUCCUCGUCCAGGUCCCUUAGUACCGGCUCAAAGCUUGUACGGCAUGCGAGGGACACAAGCGCAAACACAGGCUCAAUCAUCUAAUCUGCAAAAUCAAAACGUACAGAAUCAGUUGCAGCAGCGUUCAGAGAGCAUUUACGGCAUAAGGGGAUCAACGAGACAAUCACAGCAACAACAACAACAUUCGCAUCAGCUACACUCGCAACAACAACCUCAUCACCAAAGUCCGAUCACUGCUCAUCACCACCAUCAACAGCAGCAACACCAUCAGCAACAGCAGCAACUUCAUCAACAUCAACCUACUCCUCAUCGACUGCAGCCCACUAGUGAGGAAGGCCAACAAGGUUUUCAGUCCGUAUACGGAAUUCGUCAAAAUCCUAAUCCACACGAUGGUAAUCUCAAAUAUGAUCGUCGACCAGAAUCGGCAUACGGCAUGACAAUGCAUCGUAAUCGUGGCCAAUCGGCGCAGUCGGAUGACAGCUCCUACGGAUCCUACCACCGAUCAGCAGUCACACCUCCUGCCCGUAACCAAACCGGUGGCGAACCGAUACUUAUGUACGCACCACCACCACCAAUUCCAUCAAAUUAUUCCCAAGUUGGUGCGCCACCCAUGCGCACGCAGUCAGAGCGCAAAGUAACUGCACCAGUUGUGGUGUCACAGCCGCCACAGAUCACAACCGGUAUGGUCACAUACUCGACGAGUUCGAAUCAAUCCCUGCUAUCAGCAACCCCGGCCCAACAGACAUCACAACAGCAGUCACAGCAACAGCAGCAGCAGCAACAAUCGCAACAACAACAACAGAUUUUAGUACAACAACAUCAAACAUCUCAACAGCCACACUAUGGCAUGUUACCGAUGCAAAGCAAUUGAAGGUGGCGCUGAUGGGGCCCGUGAAUACCGAGUGAUUGUCUGAACGGAAGUUUAUAAACCAAAAAACGCUUUCCGAACAUUAAAGUAAAUCAAAACGUCUGUAUACUCCCAAUAAACAUUUCGGCGAACGUUCGAAAAUGAUCUUCGAUAUCCAAUAUGAAUAUUGAAUUGAGAACCAACCCAUAAACAACCUUAGUUUUCCAACGUUCAUAGUAUAUUGGAAAUACACUCGAGAUGGGUUCGAAAAAAAAAAUGGAACCAUAGUAUCCAGAGAGAAAAUGAAAUCCAGCUCAUUCUCGAAGGGAAAUAUAAGAAAAUCACUCUCCCACAUUAAAAUUCCAAUUCGGUAGUGGGCUGGAUUUCGAAUUCAUAACGAAAGAAAAAUACAUUGGUUAACGAGGGAUCCGUUUUGCUGGAGAAUGGCCUAGUUCUCGAACCGAAUACUAACCUAUUUCACAUUCGUUAUCGAAGGUGAGACUCGAAAAAAGAUUGGGUUUCCAAUCGUUUUCGAAUUGUUAACCAUGCCGAAUGUUUAUUGGGCUUUUAUGUACAUAAAUUGUAAAGGGAAAAUUAGCAAGGCAAAGAAUUAUGUAUGCAUUCGACAUAACGCAUCAUUUCCUGAACUGAUCUAGAUUUGAUUACAAAGGCAACGAACUGAUGAUAUACAUAUACACAAAAAAGCCAAUACGUACGUACUUGAGCUUAGUAUAAAAAUUUGUUUAAGUGGUCUUCCUUCAUGAUACCAAAAUUUUUAUGCUCCACCUCUCGAUACGAAUGUCCUUCAGCUAAAAUUACCAUUUUCAUUGCAGUUUAUUGACAACCCAUGACACAAACUAUUAAAUAUUAACGAAAAGAAAUCGGUCUAAACUGGUAUUGAUACCGACUUCUGGAUGGGUUGACGACUCUCAUUUCGUAUUGAUUCGUCGUAGAGUUAAGAUGGAAGCCGGAAUUAAUUUUUAUUCAUUUUAUUCAUUCUACAGUUUUUGUUAACUCUAUAAAAUCACACACGAAAUUGUUUUUGUGUGGUAAGCCGUUUAUUAUGUUUUUAUGUUCACCUUAUAUGCGUAAUUAAGGAAUCUAAGCAAUUAAGCUAAAUUUACUCGAUUAUUUAAUUGUGCAAUUAGCACCUAAUUACACCUAAAUGGAGUCAGAUUUGCCAGGCAUGUUCAGUGAGAAAAGGAAAGUAUUUCAAAUAGAAAACCAAAUUUCAUGAAAAUGGAGAAUCAAAAGGAGAAAAACAAAACGAAAAAUUAAAUGAAGAUAGCCCAUGGGAUGUAAAUUUUUUAUUGUACCAACUCCCACAAUGAUCUUCGGCUGCGUAUUUCUCUAAUUCUGCAAUAAGCACUAGCUCCAUUUUCCUUAUACCUUGAAACUGCAAAAUUGUCUUUUAAAAAGUAGUCUACAAUCAAAACUCGAUUGACUGAAAGAGUUCUAUGUAUACUAUUUAUUCUGUGAUCUAGCGAAAUUCUUUCAAAUAUGAAUUUUUUCAAAUAUUUCGAUACUUAUAUGUAAAAAGAGUUUCAAAGAAAAACAUUUUCAGUUGUCACAUGAUAAUUGUGCAAGCUAAAUUGAGUUAUUGUGAAAAUCAAAGUCAGUAAUUCAAUGUAACACUUUAUUGCCUUAAAUGCAGUGCAAAUCUGAACAUAGUAUUACCCAAGGCACAUUAAACAGGUAGUAUCAGUA